AUGGCUCUGAACACUGAGAAUGACUCUUUGAUGUGCAAGUGCUUUCCUACGAGUCUGGCUGGACUAGCGCUCAAUUGGUUUAAGAACCUGCCGAGGGGCUCAGUGGAUAGUUUCCGAAGCUUGUGUGAUCGGUUCAUAAGCCAAUAUUAUGGAAAUAAGCAUCCAGCGAAGGACAUUUUGAGCCUAUUCACAAUGAAGCAGCAUGACGAUGAGCGUCUCCAAGCUUUCCUAACCAGGUUUAACCUUACCAAGAGCAUGGUGAUUGAAUGUCACCCUUCUACAGCGGUUCAAGCAUUUAUACUGGCCAUGACUCGUGGCACUCCAUUACGCACAAGCUUGAUCCCUCAUAAGGACCCGUUGGUCAUCAGUUUGACAGUGGCCGAAUGUUUGGUGAGCAGAGUUCUGAUUGAUCCUGGAAGUAGUGUGAACGUCAUGCCGAGGGAUACAUUUGAUGGGCUCGAGAUCAAGCAGGAUUGA